AACCACGUCAGUUUUUUUUUAUCUGGUGAGAAGUAAACUUUCUCAUCUCCGUUUCUCUACAAACUGCUUUGCCCGCUUUGAUUGAAACUCUUUAGAGAGUUUCCCUCCCGCCGGUCGCUUUCUCUUUGGCGUUUUGUGGGAGCCGUGUUGGAGUACCGACGUGUGGACUGCUGUGUGUUUCCUCCCUGCUCGCAUAGCUCUAACAUCACCAGGGAUGAAGAGAGAGAUCCCUUCAAUAGUUUGAUUGCUUGGAAUUGCCGGGGAGCAGCCAGCUGAGAUCAUGGCGAGCAGGAGCACCAAAACCUCGACAGCAGCCCACCAGAAAGGCAGACAGCCCGUAGAGGAGCCCACCGGUGACAUGCAAGUGGAAAAACAAGACGGCAGGCAGCUUGGGGAAGGAGCAGCAGAAGCAGUCUCAAAUGAGGAGUCUGAUAAUCGGAGUUUAGAAGAGAUUUUGGGUAGCAUCUCUCCUCCCCCUCCUCCAGCAAUGACCAAUGAAGCCGGUGCUCCUCGUCUCAUGAUAACUCACAUUGUAAACCAGAACUUCAAAUCCUAUGCAGGGGAGCAAACUUUGGGACCUUUUCAUAAGCGUUUUUCAUGCAUUAUUGGGCCCAAUGGCAGCGGGAAAUCCAAUGUCAUUGAUGCGAUGCUUUUUGUGUUUGGGUAUCGAGCACAAAAAAUCAGAUCCAAAAAGCUCUCUGUGCUGAUCCAUAAUUCUGAGGAACAUACGGACAUCCAGAGCUGUUCUGUGGAAGUCCACUUCCAAAAGAUCAUUGACAAGGAAGGGGAUGAUUAUGAGGUCAUUCCUAACAGCAAUUUUUGUGUAUCUAGAACUGCCUAUAGAGAUAAUUCUUCUGUAUACCACAUCAAUGGCAAGAAGUCAACGUUCAAAGAUGUUGGCGUUCUUCUUCGGAGUCACGGAAUCGAUCUGGACCAUAACAGAUUCUUGAUAUUACAGGGGGAAGUUGAACAGAUUGCAAUGAUGAAACCCAAAGGCCAGACUGAACAUGAUGAGGGCAUGCUGGAGUACUUGGAAGAUCUGAUAGGGUCUGCACGGCUGAGAGAUCCUAUUCAAACUCUUUGUCGCAGAGUAGAGACUUUAAAUGAACAGAGGGGAGAAAAGUUAAAUAGAGUUAAAAUGGUGGAAAAAGAAAAGGAUGCCUUAGAAGGGGACAAGAACAAAGCCAUCGAAUUUCUUUCCCUGGAAAAUAAAAUGUUUAAAGAGAAAAACCAAAUCUGUCAGUACUACAUUUAUGACCUACAGAAACGAAUAAAUGAUUUGGAAGCACAAAAAGAAAACAUACAGAAAGAAACUAAAGAUAUUAAUGAGAAGAGUAGUAAACUUGCAGAUGAAAUGAAAAGCAAGAGCAAAGCUUUAAAGGAUCUUGAGAAGAAAAUUGAUAAAAUUACAGUGUUCAUAGAGGAAAAUAAAAAUAAAUUUACUCAGUUGGAUUUGCAGGAUGUUGAAGUAAGGGAAAAACUGAAGCACGCCAAAAGCAAGGCUAAAAAACUGGAGAAGCAACUUCAAAAGGACAAAGAAAAGGUGGAAGAACUGAAAAACGUGCCCUCCAGUAGUGAAAAAACCAUCAGCGAUGCAACAUCUAAGAAAGAGCUUCUUGAAAAGGCAAAAGACAAAGAGGAGGAAAAACUCAAGCAGGUUAUGAGUAGUCUGAAAGAAGAAACACGAGAAAUUCAGAAAGAAAAAGAGGGCAAAGAGAAAGAGCUGGUGGAGUUCUGUAAGACGGUGAAUGACGCGCGUUCCAAGAUGGAUGUGGCACAGGCAGAACUCGACAUCUACCUCACCCGCUACAACACUGCUGUGUCUCAGCUCAGCGAGGCAAAGGAGGCUCUGGCGACCACUUCUGACACUCUGAAGCAAAGGAAGGCUGCUAUUAAAGAUCUAGAUAUGAAGUUACCUGCAGCUGAGCUGGAAUUAAAGGAGAAAGAGAAGAAGCUUGAGAAGCUGAAAGAAGAGGAACUGAGUGCUCAGGAUGUUGUUCGAAAUCUCCGUCAAAAAGUAGAAGAAGCCAAAAGUUCUUUAGCACAGCACCGCAGUCGAGGAAAAGUGCUGGAGGCUCUGCUUGAGCAGAAGAGGUCGGGGAGUAUUUCUGGAAUACAUGGAAGACUGGGAGACCUGGGAGCUAUCGAUGAGAAGUAUGAUGUUGCUAUUUCAUCCUCCUGUGCUGCCCUGGACUUCAUCGUUGUUGACACCAUCGAUAUUGCGCAGGAAUGCGUGGAGUUCUUAAAGAGAACGGAAAUUGGAGCUGCCACGUUUAUAGCCCUGGACAAAAUGGCUGUAUGGAAGAAAAAUCUUGCAAAAAUCCCAACCCCUGAAAACGUGCCUCGCCUGAUUGACCUGGUGAAAGUAGAAGAUGAGAGCUUUUCCCCAGCUUUUUACUUUGCCUUACGUGAUACCCUGGUGGUCAAGGACUUGGAAGCUGCUACCAGAAUAGCAUUCCAAAGAGAUAAAAGGUGGAGGGUUGUAACGCUGAAAGGAGAAAUCAUUGAGCAGUCAGGAACAAUGACUGGUGGUGGGGGCAAAGUAAUGAAGGGCAGAAUGGGCUCCUCAGUUGUAACUGAUGUUUCUCCAGAAGAGAUCAACAGACUGGAAUCUGAACUGCAGAGGGAUUCCAAACGAGCAGUGCAGUGUGAAGAAGAAAAAUUACAACUGGAAGAAGACAUAACAAAGCUAGAGAAAAACGUGCGGGAAAUGAGAAAUACUUUGGAAAAGUACACAGCGAGCAUCCAGAGUUUUUCCGAACAAGAAAUUCAUCUAAAAGGCCAAGUUAAGGAACUUGAAGCAAAUGUAAUUGCUGCUGCUCCAGACAAAAACAAACAGAAGGAAUUGGAGAAAGUCCUCAGUAGUUAUAAGAAAGAUUAUGAGUGUGUUUCUGAGCAAGCUGGUAGAAUGGAAAGUGAAGUUAAACGAUUACAUAACCUCAUAAUUGAUUUCAAUAAUCGUAAACUUAAAACACAGCAAGACAAAGUUGAUAAGAUCAACCAAGAAAUAGAUGAAUGUACUUCAGCUAUUACUAAAGCCCAAGUGGCAAUCAAGACUGCACAAAGAAACCUGAAAAAGUCUGAAGAUUCUGUUCUUCGCACGGAGAAGGAGAUUGGAGACAAUGAGAAAGAAAUUAGAGACUUAACAGAAGAGCUGACUACACUAGAAGACAAAGCUACAGGGGUUCUGAAUGACUGCAAGCAAGCUGAAGAAGCGCUGCCGGCCGUGCGGGAGGAGCACCGCGCUUUGCUGCAGGAGAUGAGGGCCAUUCAGGAUGACGAACACGAACUGCGGAAGGAAGCCCUCAAUAUCAAGUUCAAAAUUGAGCAAAUUGAUAGUCGUAUUUCUACACAUCAGUCGAAGGUUAAAUACUGGCAAAAGGAGAUAUCAAAAUUAUCAUUGCAUCCCAUAGAAGAUAAGCCACCCGAAGAGCUCCCAGUGCUCAGUCAAGAAGAGCUUGAGGCUAUCAAGGAUCCGGACGUUAUCACUAAUCAAAUAGCUCUCUUGGAAGCACAGUGCCACGAAAUGAAACCCAACCUUGGUGCUAUUGCAGAGUACAGGAGGAAGGAGGAGCUGUACUUAAAACGUGUGGCUGAAUUGGAUGACAUUACCAAUGAGAGAGACAGAUUUAGACAAGCUUUUGAAGAUCUCAGAAAGCAGAGGCUAAAUGAAUUUAUGGCAGGAUUUAAUGUAAUAACAAAUAAACUGAAGGAGAACUACCAGAUGCUGACUUUGGGAGGAGAUGCUGAGUUAGAACUCGUAGACAGCCUGGAUCCCUUCUCUGAGGGAAUCAUGUUCAGCGUUCGGCCUCCCAAGAAAAGCUGGAAGAAGAUAUUUAACUUAUCAGGAGGAGAGAAGACUCUCAGUUCACUGGCUCUAGUUUUUGCACUUCAUCAUUACAAGCCAACACCUCUGUAUUUUAUGGAUGAGAUCGAUGCAGCACUUGACUUCAAAAAUGUAUCCAUCGUAGCAUUUUACAUAUACGAGCAGACAAAAAACGCGCAGUUCAUCAUCAUCUCCCUGCGGAACAACAUGUUUGAGAUUGCAGACAGGCUGAUUGGGAUUUACAAGACUCACAACACCACCAAGAGUGUGGCAACAAACCCCAAAGUCAUUGCAGCCAAAGGACUGAUGGAGCUGGGCAUUGCUGAGCACAGCGUGGCUCAAAACCAGAGUGAAUGAAAAAACAGAAACUUUCCCAUGUAAAUUAAUGUUCUUGCUGCUGCUUACUGUAUUUUUUUAAAUAUACUUUUGUAUUUUGAGAUUUUUCUCUUUAGAUUUGAGUCUCUUUAGACUGUUAAUAAAAACAAAUCUAAAUAAAUGGCAUUCUUUAUCA